AACACCAAUUCUUAUUCAUCCCCGUUCAAAAGUAACUACAACAAAAAAAGGUAUAAACCCUAAGAACUUAGUUUGAGUGUUUUUUUUAUUUGUUAUGGAUACUGUGAAGUCAAUCAACAAAGGCUAUGGCAAAGUAGACGAAGCUCAAGAUUUAGCGUUGAAGAGAAAGACAAGGAAGCGGUUGAUUUACAUAGGCGUUUCCGUCGCUGUUCUUGUGGCGAUUAUAAUCAGCUCCGUCGUCGCCGUCGCUGUUCAUAGCCGGAGAAACAAUUCGCCUAAAUCAACACCGAGUACAGUCCCUGAGUUGACUCCAGCCGCUUCACUCAGAACUGUGUGCAGUGUGACUCGUUUCCCCGCUUCUUGUAUUUCAAGCAUCUCCAAGCUUCCAUCGUCCAACACGACGGAUCCGGAGGUUUUAUUCAAGCUCUCGUUGAAGGUGGUGGUCGACGAGCUCAAUUCCAUUUCCGAUUUGCCGAGGAAGCUCGCGGAGGGGACUGAUGAUGAGAGAAUCAAAUCGGCGCUGGGUGUUUGCGGAGAUCUGUUCGACGACGCGAUUGAUCGCGUUAACGAGACUGUUUCCGCCAUGGAUGUUGGAGACGGGAAGAAUAUUUUGAAUUCGACUAAGAUCGACGAUCUCAAAACGUGGCUCAGCGCCGCCGUUACAGAUCACGACACGUGUCUCGAUGCGCUUGACGAACUCAGUCAAAACAAAACGGAGUACGCCAAUUCAACAAUCUCACUGAAACUCAAAUCCGCCAUGGUUAAUUCAACCGAGUUCACCAGCAACAGCUUAGCGAUCGUCGCCAAGAUCCUCUCUACGCUAAGCGACUUCGGUAUCCCGAUUCACCGUAGACGGCUCCUCAAUUCGAAUUCGGCCGAUUCGUUUCCGAAUUGGGUUAGCCCAGGCGUGAGACGGUUACUCCAAGCGAAGAAAUUAACGCCUAAUGUCACGGUUGCGGCGGAUGGCUCCGGGGAUGUGAAGACGGUUAACGAAGCGGUGGCGAGAGUUCCGAAGAAGGGGAAAACGAUGUUUGUGAUAUACGUGAAAGCAGGUACGUAUGUAGAGAAUGUGCUAAUGGAUAAGAGUAAGUGGAAUGUUAUCAUCUACGGUGACGGCAAGGACAAGACCAUUAUCUCCGGUAGCAAAAACUUCGUCGACGGGACUCCCACUUUUCAAACGGCGACGUUUGCAAUUCAAGGCAAAGGAUUUAUGAUGAAGGACAUCGGAAUCAUAAACACGGCCGGAGCAGCGAAGCACCAGGCCGUUGCAUUCCGAUCAGGAUCCGAUUUCUCAGUCUACUAUCAAUGCUCCUUCGACGGUUUCCAGGAUACGCUCUAUCCUCACUCCAAUCGCCAAUUCUACCGUAACUGUGAUGUCACCGGAACAAUCGAUUUUAUCUUCGGAGCCGCCACCGUCGUCUUCCAGGGAUGCAAUAUCCGACCGCGUCAGCCGCUUCCGAAUCAGUUCAAUACAAUCACCGCCGAAGGUAAAAAGGAUCAGAAUCAAAACUCUGGUUUGUCGAUCCAACGAUGUACAAUCUCCGCCAACGGGAACGUAACUGCUCCGACAUAUCUCGGCCGUCCGUGGAAGGAGUUUUCGACGACGGUGAUUAUGCAAUCGGUGAUUGGUCCAAUCGUGAAGCCGGCUGGGUGGAUGUCGUGGGUUUCGGGUGUUGACCCACCUGCGAGUAUACUGUAUGGAGAAUAUAAGAAUUCGGGUCCUGGGUCGGAUGUGACCAAUAGAGUUAAAUGGGCCGGGUACAAGCCCGUUAUGUCUGAUGCUGAGGCAGCGAGGUUUACGGUUGCCAAUUUUCUCCGAGGGGCUGAUUGGUUACCGGUGACUGGAGUGCCGUAUCAACAAACUUAAUGGCUUAAACCAUCUUCAUUGCAAGGAUCUUAGGGGGU